UGCUGCACCCAACCAAACCCUCCUCUAUGUUUGGCACCGAACCCUAGAUUAGAUCAUACCCAACCACCAUUACCAACCAACUCAACCACAACGACGACCAUCACCAUGGCUUCUCAAGAAGACGACCACAUCACCACCGUCUACGGCGAAGAUCUAGACGAAGAUGAUGACACCGAAGACGAAGAUCUAACCCUAAGGAAUCAGAACGUCGAAGAAGAUGAUGUUGACUUGGUUGAUGACGAGGAGGAGGAUGAUUCCAUGUCCUCCGGCGUCGGUGAAGUCACCAUAGCUGUACCUGGUGUUCCCACCGCCGCCGAUACCGAUACCGUAGCCGCUACACCAACGGCAGCGAUAACUAGUACGGUUGACGUCACUCCCGUUCCCCGAUCUGAUGUUGUUUUGGAACAGAAGAAAAUUAUGCCUUUAGAUGAGUCUCGGCGGUUGUUCCAGCGGUUGUGGACAGAUGAGGAUGAGAUUGAGCUGUUACAGGGAUUCUUUGAUUACACCAACCAGCUUGUUGUCAACAAUUCGUUCCACCACCAUCACCACCAUGAUACGACUGCUUUUUAUGACCAGAUCAAGAAUAAAUUGCAGUUGGAUUUCAACAAGAAUCAGUUGGUUGAGAAGCUAAGGAGAUUGAAAAAGAAGUAUCGGAAUGUUCUCAGUAAGAUCAGUUCAGGCAAGGAUUACGUCUUCAAAACCCCCCAUGAUCAGAUCACUUUCGACAUAUCUUGUAAGAUAUGGAGCUCCGAAGCUGCUGUCCUCUCCACUCCUGCAUCUGUUGCAUCUGCAGAUGUUGGCAGAUUCGAAGACGAAGAACCGAGUAAUCCUUACCCUAACCUGAACCUUACUUUCAAUUUGAACGAGCAAAACGGUAAUGGUAGUGCCUACCCCAACAGUUCAGAGAAGAAAAUUCCCCGAUCACGAAAGCGAUCAAGGUCGAGUGGAGUCAAAAUCGAAGAAAAAACCAGUCACCAACAGCCUGCCCCAGCUGUGGGUGUAGGGGCUUCAAAUUCUUCGAACCCAACCCCUAAUCUUGUUGAAGAAACUGUGAAGAGUUGUCUACUGCCAUUGUUCAAGGAGUUGCUAGACAGUUCACAAAAUGGGCUUCGUGGCAGUUCAAGGGGAUUAAUGAAUUUGGAUCCUUUUGGUGGAUCUAUGAAUUUGCCAUUUGGGGACAUUACAGAUGAGAAGUGGAGGAAGCAACACAUAUUAGAAUUGGAGGUUUGUUCAAAGAGAUUGGAAUUGGUGCAGGACCAAAUCAAGUCACAGUUGGAGGAGUUGAGAUCAAUGAGGAGGUAAUAAGAACUCUAAAAUCUUUGUAUGUAAUCAAUGAGUAAAUUCUUGAAGUUGAGCCACUUCUUAUCUCUUGGUAUUUAAGUUCAUACUUAAGUUUUAUGGUCCUUUGAUCAAUAGUGCAUACUGUAGUAGUCAAUUUAGUCUGUUUAGAGCUUAUCUUCUUCCUUGAGGCUUGUUGUUGAAUAAUCUUUAUCAUGUGUUCAGCCUUUCAUGGCUAUCCGCCAUGAACUUUGUGCACAUGCUUGCUUCUACUUGUGGGAAAAUUGCAUGAACUUGGAGUAAAUACUUUAGCUUUCACUUGUAUCAAUGAAUCUCAAUAAGAUCAUGAGUAAAAUAGAUUCACAUCA